UCGGAAACCGCGGCAUGUACGAGACAGAAAGUAAACAACCGAAUUCUAAGGAUGUUUUCUGGACAAAGAUUGAUCCAAGAAAAAAGAAUGGUGAGGACGCUGUUGUUCCAGGAGUGACUGCACCAGGUAAUCGCCGUCCACACAGACCUAAGAAAAUGAAGUCGAAUCAAGUGAAAUCAGGUCGCAAAACCACAGAGGUCAAGGCCACAAUACCUGUCAAAUCUCCAGUCAAGGUCAUGAACUUAUCAGCUGAUGCCACCACAAUAACACAGGAUUUAACAGUUGAAAGUCUUCAAGAACAGCCACACAAGCAUUUCCGAGGCAAUAUGAAGAAAGUUUCGCUGAAAGACCUGUGUGCAGAUGACAAGAAGCGUGUCGCUAACCUCAUAAAGGAACUAGCCAAGAUGGGGGAUGAGAAGGAGGCGGUACUGGGACAGCUACAGACAGAGAGGAGAGAGUACGAGAAACAGGUGCUACAAAUGGUCAACCAACAGGAACAGAUUCUACAGGAGAGAGAGGAUAUCCAGAGUAAGCUGUUCCAAUGUCAGGAGUUGCUGAGUAGAUACAAGGAUCAGCUUCUGGAGAGAGAGGAACAACUUAACACAUCUAUUACAGAGAUCGUCUAUAAAAAGGAAUCCCAGCGCAGAGGAACUGCUGACGAAGAAGAGGAUUAUGAACAUUAUAGAAGACAGAGUCAUAAACAGAGAGGAAAUAAAGAAAACAUAGAAAAAGGAAGGAACGAACUCCAUCAGAAGUACAUUGAAGUAGAAACAACCAAGGACCGCCUCCGUCGACCUUUCACCUCUAUGAUUGAUAAGGAAAUAGCUAAAAGGAAACAAAAUGAAGAUGGAGGACUCAGUACCAUUGUGGCUUCAGAGUCCUCCACAACAACUCCACCCAGGCAUCAAGGGGGAAGGAUUGAUUAUAGUGACCGGAUACCAGUCAUACAAGCUUUUCGGGAACCAGUUAUGUCUAGUACACAGAAGAGUGCUGAUAUUAGAGCUUAUGUUGAGGAGGAUUCACCAAGAGAUGAGUUUCAGCGUCUGGAGCCCGAUAUGAGUCCAAGGUCAUCCAGAGCCUCAUUUCCAUCUGGCUCUCCAAAAGGUCAAAGGUCAUCCUCGCCUAUAAGUCAGUCUGGGAAAUCAAAUAAGGUGGGAUUUAAGGAAAAACUUACUGUAGAUAAUGAUGAAUUACAGAAACAUUCUCCACAGCUUGGAUCUGGAAACAAGGAGUUUCUUCAAAAGUAUAAGAAACUUAGUUCAACUGAACGCAAGCAUGAACUCUUGAAACAGCGGGAAGCUUUACUUGAAGAACAGAAGAGACUCAGGAAGGUGUUAAUGGAGCAAGAGGCACAGCUAAAGAGAAAGCAGGAUAUCAUAGAGAAACGUCGCUCAACUCAGCAAGCCAGAAUGGAUUAUCUGGAGAAAAAUGGGGAAUUCCCUGACAAAGAUGACAAUGAAGGGAGUGUGUUUAAUGUGCCUGACAGUGGAAGUGUGUGUGAAGGUCGUGUUGAUAAACUUAACCUUGAUAGGUGUUUGAGUGAGGAAGACAUUUUUAACCUUGAGGAUAAAGAAGAAAUACGUAGAGAAGCUGCAAACAAAGGUGCUUCAACUGAUUUUCCCUUAAGAGAACCCACUGCAAUCUCAAAAAUUCAGGAAAUUAAAACACUUGGUCCAAAAAAUUAUCCUAAGUCAAACACACAAGAGAAAUACACUAGAGCUACUUCACCGCUAAAGCUUGAAAGUGAAGAUACUGGAUCCACACCUUCUACUCCGAGGCUGAUCGAUGCUGCCACCAGUUAUUCCAGAAGAUUGGAUCAUUCCAUAGAGAGGGUGGCAGAGGAUCCUGUUACCACCCCUACCAGGAGAAUGGAUGCUGCUACGAGCUACUCUUGUAGAAGUCCUCGCUCUCCUGUACCAAAUGAAGAUUUCAUAGAUUUACCAAGACAGAAUAAUCUUCCCUUACAGACAAACCGCCAAAGGGCGUGUAAGACGUCUAGUCCAAGAUUACCCUCAACACCAGGAGAGAAGACAUUAUCAGUUGUAGAAAUAGUCAAUUCCUUAGAAGAAGAAUCUCCGGCCCACCCCUCACAUCUCAUUAGAUCCUCCAUUCAAAGGGACAUCACUCCUACCACGACCAAAUCUAUCCCUGUGGGGGGAACAGCAAAGAUUUUAUCAACUGGAGGCAUGAGGCUCCCUAAGAAUGCCCCCUUUGGGGCCCCGCCUGUUAAAGACCAGUUUUGUGAGGAGUUGGCAGAGGAAACAGCAGAAGAGAGUUCUCUUUUAGAGGACAUUUUCUUCUUGUGAAUUGUUUCAUUCAUUUAGCAGAAAAAAACUUUAUGUGAUAUUAUGAUGUAGAUUAAUAUUUAUUUUCUUUACUAGCUGAUAUUUAAUUGGAAAGUCAAGGAUUGAAAUUGGGGUAUUUAGUGUACAUAAGUAAAUGCACAAUUCUUUGCAUUUUAAUUCUUUUUUUUUUUUAUGCAGUAGUUAUGUAAAAAAAAAUUUUGGUUGUUGCUGAGAUACACAGGAAAUCUGUCAAAUUUAAUUGAAGCAUUAAAAAACCCACUCUCCAUUUUGUUACUUUCAGUAAUGUUUUGACAUUUAAUAUUUAGUGAAUUGUUGAUAGAUACAUGUACAUGAUGUAUAAACUGAUUUGUACACUGUGAA